AUGGCUUCUGCCGAUAUUUCCCACAUCGAUACAACCAGGAAUGUAAAGGGAUACGUUGGAACAGAGCAAGUUGCUGAUUGUUUCAAAGGCGUCGAUGGAAUUGUUAUCCCAACGGGCGUGCCACGAAAGCCUGGAAGGCCUCAAGAUGGUUUGUUCAACACCAAUGCUGGUAUCGUUCGCAAUUUGACUUUUACCAUUGCGGACAAUUGUCCAAAGGCUUUAAUUGUAAUUAUUACAAAUCAUGUGAACUCGUGUGUACCAAUUGCCGCAGAAGUUCUAAAAUCCAAAGGAAAGUACUAUCCCCGUCGUCUCUUCGCUGUUUCAACUUUGGAUAUUGUCCGUGGUCGAAAAUUCAUUUCUGAUUCAUGUAAAGUUGAUGUGAAUACCGUUGAUAUUCCGGUGAUCGGUGGAUAUUCUGGUGUUACAAUUAUUCCGGUGACAUCACAAUGCAAACUAAAAGUAUCGUUUUCGCAGCUCGACCUUGGGAAAAUCACAGUACAAAUCCAAGAAGCUGGCACAGAAGAUGUGAAGACUAAGGCUGGAGCGAGAAGAGGGCUGAAGCGAUUUUCGUCUGUCCCCGUUCCGCAGAACAGCGAGUGA